AUGGUUCCUUUAGUUGCUGGAUAUAAAAGUUUGGAUGUGUUGGAACUCCCAUGGUCCGCAGAAGUUACCGAUGGCACAGCUAUUGGCAGGAGCAAGUUGAGCACUGCAAGUUGUACUGGUGAUGUCCUAGAGUCCAAUGUUGUUGUUGUGCCCAGAGGAAAUGUUGUGACUGUAACAGCAGCCAAUGAAGGGGUGGUACAGGCAGAAUUACAACAGAAUGAAGAAAUGAAGAGAGGAAAUGGAAACUGUUUUGGUCAUGAAGCAAAACCAUACAAAAAGUGUGCAGAAGCACUAGAACUCAGAGGUGAAGGCUACCCAAUGGAACAGAAGACACUGGAAGGGCCACAAGAGGUACACCUAGAGGAACAGUCAGCAGGCCCUGUCGAGGAGCAAGUUCCAUCUCCUAUUGCUCAGGAUCCACAAGAGGUGCAAGCAGAAAAGGUAGUAGCAGGGCCUGUCGAGGAGCAAGUUCCACCUCCUACUGCUCAGGAGCCACAAGAGGUGCAAGCAGAAGAGGUAGUAGCAGGGCCUGUCGAGGAGCAAGUUCCACCUCCUACUGCUCAGGAUCCACAAGAGGUGCAAGCAGAAGAGGUAGUAGCAGGGCCUGUCGAGGAGCAAGUUCCACCUCCUACUGCUCAGGAUCCACAAGAGGUGCAAGCAGAAGAGGUAGUAGCAGGGCCUGUCGAGGAGCAAGUUCCACCUCCUACUGCUCAGGAUCCACAAGAGGUGCAAGCAGAAGAGGUAGUAGCAGGGCCUGUCGAGGAGCAAGUUCCACCUCCUACUGCUCAGGAUCCACAAGAGGUGCAAGCAGAAGAGGUAGUAGCAGGGCCUGUCGAGGAGCAAGUUCCACCUCCUACUGCUCAGGAGCCACAAGAGGUGCAAGCAGAAGAGGUAGUAGCAGGUUUAAUAAUGAAUGAUGAUGAUGAUGAUGAGGAGGAGGAGGAGGAGGAGGAGGAGGAGAAUAUGAAAUGCAAGCUACAAUAA